AUGGAUGUGAUGCGCAAAGGAGCUUUAGGUACGCUCAAGCUAAUCGGCUUGUCCCUCUAUACCACUGCUGUGUUGAGCGGAAUGGAUAACUUCCAGGAUGUGACAAUUGAGAGUUUCAACCUGCCAGGGACUGGUGCCGCGGCAGAUCACGAAGAACCCACCUUGACACAAGUUGAAAUCGUCAACCCGUCCGUCACAGUUUCCAUCGGUACUCUAACGAUGGACCUGAGUUUACGUACACCGCGAGAGAAAUUCGGAGUUCUCUACGGGACGAUGAAUCUGGCCCCCGGGAGGAACCGGCUGGAAAUGAACGGUCUCUUGAAACUGAAAAAAAGAUGA